GGCAAACAUUGAAGUUUUUCGAUUUUUUGAUUGUGAAAUCGUGCGUUUUAGAUUGAAACGGAUUGAAAUACAUAAAAAUGCCUCCUAAGAAACACAUUCCGGCCAAACAGCUAAAAACGCCAGUUCUGCAGAUAAACGGUAAUGGCACAUCAUCGCUUAGCAUGUAUGCUGCGGGACUUUCUACAGAUCAUUUUCAGAGAUAUAUGGAUAAGAUCACUAUCAUUCAAAACAAGGAUCCGUAUCUCUUGAAAAUGGAUAACACUCAGCUCCCUACUACAGUGACAUACGAGUCCAUCAUUGACUACGCUCUCAAGAAACAGUCGGCAUACACCGGAUCAUCUUUUCGAUGCUUCAAAGCGGUGGAUGCUAAGCUAAGGUUCGAAAACGGAAUGGUGAAGUCUGUUGAGGGUGUUUUAUUUGGAGAUAUACACGUAGUUCGAGCCAAGGUAUGUAUGCUUUUGAAUUCUAUAAUUACACGUGUUUUAAUGAUUAUCUAUUUUCGUAGGUGAUGCACUCUAUGAGCAUAAAUGAUCCAUGUUUAACACCGUGGAUAAUAAUCAAUCAUUCAGAUGUAUUGUCAGCUCACUGUGACUGCGUUGCUGGCAUGGGUGAAGUCUGCUCUCACGUUGGAGCUGUUCUUUAUUAUCUCACCAGUCUGAGUCACCACCAGCUGUUGUUAAGCCAGUCAUCUAUUCCUGGAUCAUCUACAUCGACGACAGCAAGCGUAGCAGUUACGGAUAUGGAACAAAGGUGGGGAGGACCAAGCAAACGUGUAGCAGGAAACUUACAGAUGCCGCUUGAAGACAUCAACUUUGGUUAUACACGAGAAUCUUCUGACGAUGCUUACGGAAAAGUCGCAGUGCUACAGCUACAUGAUAUUCGAGCUAAGCUGAAUGUUCUUCAAAUCGGUGGAGUAAAAUGUACAGCAAUGCAAGCUUUUUGUGACAGCACAUUUGAAUGUUAUAAAUGUGAAGAAAAUACAUUGGAUCCUUUCUAUGAAGAGAAAGGAUUGAUUUUGAAUACAUUGUACCAUGAAAGUAAUAGAGAAAAAAACAUUGAGCAAUUGCGGUUUAUGUCCCUUUCGUUUUACAGUCACAUACAGAAACAUGCCAAUGAAGAAUGUAGACGAAAAGUUGAAAAUGAAACACGUACUCAGUCUAGUUGCGAAUUAUGGAAAUUGUUACGCAUAGGAAGAGUUACGGCUUCGGUUCUAAAGAAUGUUUUGACCACUAAAAUCGAUAAACCUUCACUUUCCCUGUUGAAAACGAUAUGUUAUCCUGAUGAGUCUUAUUUUUCUACUCAAGCAACACGAUAUGGCAAGAAGAUGGAGAAAACUGCAUUGAAUCAGCUUAUUUGCUUUUUGGAAAAAUCCCACAAAGAAGCUAAAGUUAUCGACAGUGGGCUAAUAUUACAUAAAGAUUAUCCGGAAAUGGCUGCAUCGCCAGAUGCAAUUUUAUUGUGCUCUUGCUGUGGAAAAAUCCCGAUUGAAAUUAAGUGUCCCUUCACCUUCAAGGACGAAGAUAAUGUUAUAUUGAGACUAACAAAAUGUAAGCCAGGUUAUGUGUACUAUGCACAAGUUCAGAUGCAAAUAGCUUUAACAGAAGCGCGUUAUGGAUACUUUUAUAUUUGGACCAAAAACGAAAACUUGUUAAUUCCAGUAGAAAAAAAUGAAUCGUUUUGGCAGGAAGCUAAAUCCAAAGCCAUUUUAUUUUUCAAAGCUGUCAUUAUACCAGAACUUCUUGGUAAAUAUUUUACGAAGGGUUAA